AUGGCGGCGGAGGAAAGCCACGUUCAGAGGAAAGAAGUAGAGAGUAAAAGCCAAGUAAAGGUAAUGCAAAUGCUUCAGUAGCACUCACUGGGGGCUUGCUGAGAAAUGCCAAGUGCAGCCUUGGAGAGCAGGGACAGCAGGGACUACACCAUGAACUCCGGAUCAUGCCUGAGUGCCAGCACAGUGGCCUUUCCCACCAUCACUGGCAGCAGCGUGGCCAUGAGUGCCUACAGCAGCAGCAAUGCUAGUCCUGCCAGUUCCAUGGAUACUCAGAAGUGCUUCCCAAAGAAGCAGGACAAAGUGAAGAAGAGGGUCAUCUGGGGCAUUGAGGUGGCUGAGGAGCUUCAGUGGAAACGCUGGGAGUUGGGGAAGGAGAUCACCAAGAACCUAGUUCUGAAAAAUCUAUCCUUGAAAAUCCAGAAGAUAAAGUACAGGCCCCCCAAGACCAAAUUCUUCUUCACGGUCAUCCCCCAGCCCAUCUUCCUGAGCCCAGGCAUAACCCUCUCUCUCCCAAUCAUCUUCCGGCCCCUGGAGGAGAAGGAGUACGUGGACCAGCUGUGGUUUGAGAAAGCAGAGGGGAUGUUCUGUGUGGACCUGAGAGCCACCCUGCCCUGCCACAAUCUGAUCUGCCCACCGUCCCUGCAGUUGCCCAUGUGUGCCACGGGGGACAUGGCCGAGGCCUGGUUCUGUCUGGACAAUGCGGGGGACCUGCCCACCUUCUUCACCUGGGAGUCCCCCAGCCCAUUCCAGAUGUUGCCGACCACGGGGCUGCUGGAGCCAGGCCAGGCCUGCCGGAUCACGGUGACCUUUCAGCCCCUUAUGGCUGUCAUCUCUGACGUUCAGGCCACGUGCUGGUACGGGGAGGGGAGGAAGCAGAAGAGCAGCAUCCAGCUGCAGGCUGUGGCCAAAUGCGCCCAACUGCUGGUGAGCAUAAGGCAGAAGCGCCCGGAGGACCAGGAUGCCGAGGGCAUCCAGAAAGUGUUGCACUUUGGCUCUGUUGCCGUGGGCUGCACCGCUGAGAGGCAGAUCAAGCUGUAUAACCCAUCGGUGGUGAGCGCCCCCUUCAGGAUUGAAGUGGCCCCAGACAUGCUGGCCAAAGACGAGGCCUUCUCGUGCCCCACGGCCCAUGGCAUCGUGCCCCCGGGAGAGAAGAAAUGCGUGUCAGUGUUCUUCCACCCCAAGACCUUGGACGUCAGGACUAUGGACUACUUGUCCGUCAUGCCCUCUGGCUGUGCCUCCCAAACCCUGCUCAAAGUCGUUGGUUUCUGUAGAGGUCCUGAUGUGUCCCUGCAGUACUACUGUGUCGACUUCAGCUGGGUCAACCUCGGGAAGCGCUCGGAGCAGUCCCUGUGGAUUGAGAACAAGUCGGACUGCACGGCCCACUUCCAGUUUGACAUCGACUGUCAGGAGAGCGUCUUCAGCAUCAGACCUGCCUUUGGGACCCUGGUGGGCAAGGCCCGCGUGACCCUGUACUGUGCCUUCCAGCCCACUCACCCCAUCAUCUACUUUCGGAGGGUGGCCUGUUUCAUCCACCACCAGGACCCACUGUUCCUCGACCUGAUUGGGACGUGUCACUCGGACAGCACAAAGCCAGCCAUCCUCAGGCCUCAGCACCUCGCUUGGUACCGCACACACCUGGUGCGGGGCCUGACUCUCUACCCGCCUGACAUCCUGGACAUCAUGCUGAGGGAGAAGAAGCUGGAGCAGGAUAAGAACGGUGCCCUGAUGAUUCCCACUGAGGACCUGGAGGACAUACCAGCCCCGCAGUAUCCCCUCAUCCCCCCCAUGACCGAGUACUUCUUCGACGGCACCAACGACAUGACCAUCUUUCCCCCGCCCGUCAGCAUUGAGCCUGUCGAGGUGGAUUUUGGUGCCUGCCCCAGGCCCAAGGACCCCAACCCUGUCCCCCUGUGCCUGAUGAACUACACCAAAGGCAAAAUCACUGUGGCCUGGACACGCAGGGCUGAUUGCCCCUUCUGGGUGACUCCAAACCCCUGCGAUGUGCCCCCUCUCAAGUCCACAGCCAUGCGCUUGCACUUCCAGCCGCCUCACCCCAACUGCCUGUACGCCGUGGAGCUUGAAGCCUUUGCUGUCUAUAAGGUCCUGCGGAGCUACAACAAUAUCGAAGAGGACUGCACUGUGUGCCCGUCCUGGUGCCUGAGGCUCCGGGCACGAGGCCACAGUUAUUGUGCUGACUUGGAGCACCACAUCCCUCAGUAUACCCUGGAUGCCCCCAAGCUAUUUCCUGCAGUGUCCCCCAGUGAACCCUCCUACCGCAGCCUGCUCCUGAUCAACACAGGCCCCAUGCUGCUGACCUUCAACCUGGCCCCCAGAAGCAGCUCGGACGUCUCCCUACGGCCCAGCUCGGGCCUCGUGCCCCCUGGGGCCCACCAGAUCUUCCUCAUCUCUACCUACCCCAAGGGCACCUCCUGGAAGCAGCAUGUUUUCUACUUGCAGUUCAAUUUCUGCCCCCAGUAUCUCAAGGAGGUAUGCAUGCAGAGCCGGGAGGAGCCGCUGCAGCUGAAGCUGGACACCUGUAAAAGCGUCUUCUUCAAGCCCACCUGGGUGGGUUGCUCCUCCACCAGCCUCUUCACCUUCCAAAACCCAUCGCGUCUACCUCUGGAGUUUGAGUGGAGGGUCUCCCAGCAGCACCGGAAGAUGCUGGCUGUGCAGCCCCCCAGGGGGAUUAUCCAGCCCAAUGAGAGCCUUACGCUGACGUGGACCUUCAGCCCUCUGGAGGAGAUCAAGUACCUGUUCCGAGUGGGGAUGUGGGUCUGGGAAGCUGGCCUGCCCCCAAACACCAAGCCCUCCGCCACCACCCACUACAUGCUCCGGCUGGUGGGCACGGGCCUCAGCAGCAACCUGUCCGCAAAGGAAAAGGAGCUGGACUUUGGGAAUGUGCUGGUGAACAGUGAGCAGACCAGGAUGCUGGUGCUCCUGAAUGACGGCAACUGCACCCUCUAUUACCGCCUGUUCCUGGAGCAGUGCAGCCCUGAGGCUGUCGGCAAUGGCCCCCUCGCUCUGCAGCUGGACCGCACAGAGGGGAGCAUGCCGCCCCGGUCCCAGGACACCGUCUGCCUGACCGCCUGUCCCAAACACCGUUCCCAGUACUCCUGGACCAUCAACUACUCUCUCCUCUCCCACAGAGAUAACAAGGUUGGGGAGAAGCAGGAGCUGUGUCGCGUGUCCCUGAUGGCCGUGUACCCCCUACUCUCCAUCCUGGAUAUCUGCUCCAUGGGCAGCGCCGAGGGCAUCACCCGGAAGCACCUGUGGCGCCUCUUCUCCCUAGACCUGCUCAACAGUUACUUGGAGCGCGACCCCACCCCCUGGGAACUCACCUACAAAGUGCCCACCCGGCACAGCACCAGCCAGAUCCCCUCUGUCUUCACCCCUCUGAAGCUCAACUUCAAUUUUGGGGCAGCACCAAUAGAUGCCCCACCCUCUGUGGUGCUCCUGGCCCUGAAGAACAGUGGAGUGGUGCCCCUGGACUGGGCCUUCCUCUUCCCAAGUGACCAGCAGAUCGACCUGGAGCUGUGGGCAGAGCAGGUGGACUUUGACUGCACUGAACUGCACCAAAUGUGCGUGCAGGACAAUUGCAUAUUCUCCAUCAGCCCCAAGGCUGGGAGCCUGAGUCCUGGGCAAGAGCAGAUGGUGGAGUUCAAAUACAGCCACCUGUUCAUUGGCACUGAUCGCCUCCCGGUGCUCUUCAAGGUGUCCCAUGGCCGGGAGAUCCUGCUAAAUUUCAUAGGUGUGACAGUGAAGCUGGAGCAGAAGUACGUGCACUUCACCUCCACCAGCCAUCAGUUCAUCCCCGUCCCCAUUGGCGACACACUGCCCCCAAGGCAGAUUUAUGAGCUGUAUAACGGUGGCUCGGUGCCCGUGACAUAUGAGAUCCAGACCAGCAUCCUGUCGCAGGUUCAGGAAAAAAAUUUUGAUCACCCCGUCUUCUGCUGCCUCAACCCCAAAGGGGAGAUCCAGCCAGGCACAACUGCUCGCGUCUUCUGGAUCUUCUCACCUAUUGAGGCCAAGACCUACAUGGUGGAUGUGCCCAUACACAUCCUGGGAUGGAACUCAGCCAUCAUCCGUUUCCAGGGAGUGGGCUAUGACCCUCACAUCAUGGGCGACACAGCCCCAUUCCACAACAUCUCCUCAUGGGACAAUAGCUCCAUCCACUCGAGGCUGAUGGUUCCUGGACAGGACGUCUUCCUGUCCCAAUCUCAUAUCUCCCUGGGAAACAUUCCUGUGCAGAGCAAGUGCAGCCGCCUGCUGUUUCUCAACAACAUCUCCAAGAAUGAGACAAUUGUCUUUGUCUGGCAGCGGAAGGCUCUAGACUUUGGGGAGGUGUCUGUGAGUCCUAUGAGAGGAAAGGUGGCUCCCGAAGAGGCGAUCCCGUUUGUGGUGACCCUGAAGGCCUCAGUGCAUGCCAGCUUCUAUAGCAUGGACCUGGUAUGCAAGGUGUACCGGCAGAAACUCCUGACUCAGUACCAUAAGGAACUGCAGGACUGGGAGGACGAGAAGGUGCGGCAGGGAGUGGAGUUCACCAUCACAGAUAGGAAAGCAAAGAGAAGGGCGUGUUGUACAGCUUGUGAACCUGUGAGCAAGUACAGGACGCUGCCCCCCAUCAAGAACCAGUGGUGUCUCAACUGCCCAACCAGCUGGAGCCUUAAGAUCGCAAAGGAGGAGACACGCUGGCCAUGCCCCCAGCCGCCCUCGCCAGGGAUGCUCAGCUUAGGCCUCACUGCCCGCGCCCAUGCCACCGACUACUUCCUGGCCAACUUCUUCUCUGACUUUCCCCGCCACUUCUUGCACCGGGAGCUGCCAAAGAGGAAGUACCCCAGGGAGGAGUCGGAGGCUGGUGAGGAAGUAUCCACGGACAAGUGGGCCCCUGUCUCCAAGCAGGAGAAGCAGCUCCUGACUGACUGUCUCACCACCAUUAUCAGGGGUCUGCUGGAGGACAAGAUCUUCCAUGAGGCUGUGGACCGAAACCUGGUGGAGCAAAUGCCUUACUUCUGCCAGUUCUGGAAUGAGCAGUCGGCAAGGUUCACAUCCCAGAACGGCAGCCUGCACUUAGCUCCAGCCACGUCUCAGUCCUCCAGCAGCUCUGAGCUGGAGGAGGAGGAAGAGAAGUUGCCCUGGACGGAGACGAAGCCCACACUGCAGCCCACGUCCCAGGAGUCCCUGAAAUGGCAGUGGCAGCAACAGCUGAAGGUCUCACUGAAGGAGAAGCAAGAGCAGGAUGAGAAGGAGGCCAUCAGCCGGCUCCCGGCUUUCGUUAGCCUGCAGGAGGCGCUGCUGGAGAACAUGAUCCAGAACAUCCUGGUGGAGGCGAGCCGCGGGGAGGUGGUGCUCACUUCGCGGCCACGCGUCAUCGCCCUGCCGCCGCUCAGCGUUCCCAGGAUUCUGACUCCCGACUCGCUGCCGGCGGCGUCCCCGGGGCCGCAGCAAGCGGAGAUGCCCGGCUCGACUGAGCCGCCCCCCACCAACUGUUUGCAGACGCCAGCGCCCGCCCGCUCCGACUUGCAGCUCUAG